UUUUUUUUUUUUUAUCCCUUUCCGCUCAUGAAUGGGGGCCACACAAGAGAAACGGGCGGCCACACCGCAUCGAUUUUUUUUUCCUCAGCACAUGACACCUACCCUGGGGUUACCGGUCCCGCCAUUCACGUUGUAAUUCCACUUUGCGGUUCUCGAAUAUAUCUAAGCCGGGGUCCAGGAUGGAGAGCGUGGGAUUGGAGACGGAGGGGAGAAAAUACAAGGACAUGAUGCCCAAAGAGAGGAGGUAGAAGGAGACACAGGCAGCCAUAAGGAUAAGCGCAAAGAAAAGGCUCGAGAAGGAGGGAGGCAUUAAUUAUAUUGUCCUGACAGAGCAGGCGCCGGACCGACCCAACCUGGCUGGCCACGUCACCGCUGCGCUUUGCUCGACUGCCGUUGCGCAGACGGGUGGAGGCUUGAGUGGGUGGGUAUUCGCUUGGGUCGGGAAAAAUAACCACAAGAAAAAAAGGCUGGGGCGUGCGGCUGUCAGACUGUCGCCUUCUCAUGGAACUCUGGAAAACCACCUGCCGUCUCCAUCCAGUCUGCGCGCUGCCGCCCGAGGUGGGCAUUGGUAACACCAAGCGAGCAAUUAAAACCGCGCGCACACACAUGCAGUACACGCAGCACCCGGCGCCCUGGCAGCUGCUGGUCGCCUGUCGGGCUGGGUCUCGACUGCCUCCCUCUUCUCCAAUGGCGAGCUUUCUGCCGACCUCGGCCUGUCUGAGCAACCCCUGGAACCCCGGCGAAGGAGCGAGGCGGCCAUAACAGCAACGCCGCCGGGUAAAAGUGCUUUGAACCGAGCCGACCCGGGAGAGAAAUAAAGAAAUAAAAUACCAAGGAAAGAAACAGAAAAGAAUAGAAAGAGGGGAAAGGAAAUUCACAACGAAGGGAGAAAAAAGAAAUGAGCAGAGAAAAAAAUAAAUAAAAAUAUCAGCCUUCGUCCGAAGUUCCUCAACUACCCACUCUGCCCUACCCUACCGCUACCCGAGCUGCCUACCCAGGUACCUGGUGGUAGGUGCGUGGCCGGCCGUCUGACAGGGACCCUCCGCCUCGCACUCGCUCUCCUCCCGGCGGCCGGCCUUGGUUACCUCUUCUCUUGGGCGCUGGAUGGGACCUGCUAGCGCACCCCCCAUCCAUACAACUCCCGCCGUAUUCCUGGCGCGCCCGUCGUGUGGGCGACUCGGGCCGGGCCUCCCUACCUGGUCUACGGGCGAGCUAUAUAAUGCUCAACUGCGAGACCCCAGCGAGGACUCCCGUCCCUGCCUCAACACCACCACCACCACCCGCCGCCUCAGAAGCACUCGCCCCGCCCUUUGCAAACACCCCUGCGCCCUCCAGCCCGAGCCCCAACCCCAGCAGCCCACCGCAGCCCACCCGAGCUGCCAUGACGCUCUCGGCAGACCCCCCAGCCGACACCGGCGCCGGUGCCACCGCUGCCAAGGGCUCGCCGCCGCUCCACAUCUGGAUUGUCAGCGGCCCGGCCGGCUGCGGCAAGAGCACCGUGGCCGAGCACCUCGCCGCCGUCCUCGCCGUCCCCUAUAUAGAGGGUGACCAGUACCACACCCCCGACAACGUGGCCAAGAUGCAGAACGGCGUCCCUCUCAACGACGCGGACCGCUGGGACUGGCUGAGGUUGCUGCGCGAAGAGGCCGUCGGGCGGCUGGACACGGGCGGCGACGGCAGCGGCAGCGGCGGCGUCGUGGUGACGUGCUCGGCGCUCAAGCGCAAGUACCGCGACGUCAUGCGCGUCGCCCCCUACUUCAGGCCCCGCGUGCGCCUGCACUUCAUCUACCUCGAGGCCACCGAGGAGGCCCUCCUCAAGCGCGUGGCCGCGCGCGAGAACCACUACAUGGGCGCCAACAUGGUCCACAGCCAGUUCGAGGCCCUCGAGCCCCCCACCGCCGACGAGGUCGACGUCAUCCACAUAGACGUCGGCCGGCCCCGCGAGGCCGUCAAGGCCGCGGCCGAGCGGACGGUCCUGGAGAUCAUGGGCCAGGAGGCAUGAAGGCGUGUACCAGCCAUCUUCAGCAGUCCCUGGCUUUUUUUUUUCCCCCCCACUCUACUUGUCUUGAUGUUUUCGCCCUGUUUUCUACCCCAUUUGGCGUCAAGCAGUCUCAACAUUGGCGUGGUGGCGUUCGGCAAACGUACGGACCUUGCUCCCAUGGGUGCAACUGGAUUUGGGAAAGCGGCCGACAUGACAUGCUAGGUCACGCGCUCUUUUUUUUUUUUUUUUGCUCUCGUACCGCAUGCGGCAUGUAUCUGGCCUGCGUUGACUUGUGUGCCAUUUGCUUUUACCAUACUCUUUUAAUCUCUAGGUGCUACUCUGUUCACUGUUUGCAUCCAAAUCUGGUCGUUGUUGUGAUACA